AUGCAAGCCACAGAAAAAGAUUCAAAAGAUUCGAAAAUUUCGGAAGAAUUAAAUCAACAACAACCAAUAAUGAUGAUGAUGAAUAUUACUUCCGAUCAUCAUGAAGAAGAAGAACAAAUUGAACAAGCAAUAAUUAAUCAUCAGCAUCAUGAUGACAAUGAACAAGUAAUUCUCAAAGAAGAAGUAGUAACAAAUUCAUCAUUAAUUUCAUAUUUAAAAUUAAAUUUUGAUAAAUCUUUGGAAAAUCAAGGAAAUGUUGUGUUAAAAUCUAAAAAGGGAGAAUUUGGAUUUUCCAAAGAUGAAAUUCCAAUUUAUACGAAAGGAAUUAAAUGGUCACCUGAUGGAUUAUGUCUAUUAAGUAAUAGUAAUGAUAAUAUUGUAAGAUUAUUUGAAUUACCACAAGAAAUUCUUGGAAGAAAUUUCAGUGAAAAUGCCAAUUUUUCACAUAUUGAAUGGAGUCCAUGUCUAUCAGUGAAAGAAGGUGGAUGUAUUAAUGAUUUUUGUUGGAAUCCAUUAAUGUCUUCCUCUUCUUUGAGUUUUUGUAAUUUUCUGACAGUGAGUUCAAAACAACCUGUUCAUAUGUGGGAUGCUUUUAAUGGAAAUUUAUUAAAUUCAUUCAUGGUUAGAGAUAAAAUGGGAGAAACUGAUAAUAUUAUAUCAGUUUCUUUUAAUGGAAAAUUAUCACAAGGUAACAAAAUAUAUUGUGGAUUGGAUCAGAGAAUUUGUGUAUUUGAUGCACAAGUUGGUAGUUCAUCAGAAUAUUCAGAAAUUCACACCAUGGAAAAACAGUCAAUUCGUGGAAGUGGAUCAAAAAAGAAAACAAAAAGAUUUGGACAAACUGGUUUUAUUUCCUGUUUUGAUUUUAAUCCAAUUGAGGAAAAUAUAUAUGUUGCUGGAUGUUACAAUAACACAAUUGGAGUUUAUGAUCAAAAUCUUGAUUCAGUUCAACAUGUGAUUGAAUGUGAAUAUGGAACUGGUGUGAAUUGUGUUAAAUUUUCAUCAGAUGGAAAUUAUUUACUAGUUUCGUCUAGAAAGAGUGAUAAAAUUGUUUGUUGGGAUUUGAGAAAUUUAUUCGAACCAAUCAAAAUUUUUGAUUUUUCAAGGAAUUUCAACACGAAUCAGAAAAUUAAUUUUGACACUGACAUUUUCACACAAUUCACAUGUGCUGGUACAUGUGACGGUAAAAUUAAAUGGUUCAGAAGUUGUAGAACUCGCUGCUACUUCCUCAAUGAAUCAAUUGGUGGUGAAUUCUGUUAA